UUAUAAUUAACAGACAGCAUUAAAUCGACUGAAGACUAUGUAUUCUGAUAAAUGGAAUAUGAUCAAUACCCAGGCAGAAAAUCAAGUGCGGAUUGCUAAGGAGAAAAAGAAAACCGACAAAAUGAUAUGUGAUAGUCAAGAGAGGGCUUUCUGGCGAGUGCAUAAACCAGCACCAGGACAAAUAAAAUCUUUUGAGGAACAAUCAAAGAGGAACUUCUCACCAUCACAGAUAACUGCCAAAAAGGAAAGUAAGGAGUAUUUACAAAAUAAGGUAAACAAUCUGACAGCCUCUCUAGAAAAACCAAGGAUGCGUAUGUCAAAGGUCAUUGAAAGCUAUCAGAAUCGGGUAGAGCAAUAUCAUGAUUUUGAUCCAUUCUUCUGUCCUCCUCAUCCAUCCAAUCCAUGGAUUACUGAUGAUACCACAGCCUGGACAGCAAGCUCAAACUGUGAUCAACCAACUGAAAAACGGGUUAAGAUGUGGAGCUUUGGCUUACAUGAAUUACUCUCGGACAGAGCUGGACUCGUCUGCUUUGAAUCGUUUCUCAGGAAAGAGUUUAGCCAUGAAAACAUCCACUUCUGGCUGGCCUGUAAAACCCUCAAGUCCUGUGCACAGUCUCAAGUGGCAAGUCAGGUCGAGAAAAUCUAUGAAGACUUUCUGGAACGUGGUGCUCGCUGUGAGAUAAACAUUGAUUGUAAGACAAUGGAGGAAGUGCAAGCAAACCUCAAGAAGAAGCUAUCCAGAUAUACAUUCGACCCUGCACAAAGUCAUAUCUAUACUCUCAUGAAGAAGGACAGUUAUGCACGAUUCCUUCGUUCUGAUGAAUAUAAAACUUUACUUGCCAACGCUGUACAACCAACCAGCAAGAAAAAGUUCUUCUCGUUUACAAGUACCAAAAAACGUACCCCAACCCCUAGCCCUCUCAUGAAACGUAGAGGUAGCACCUCAAGUGACCACUCCGAAAUGGGUCUUGGAGCUCCUGGCGCUCCGUGUCAUUCCUAUAGUACUGGAAACCUAAAGGAUCUCGGAAAUAACACAGCUGCAUACAAGUAACUAAAAGCACCAUUCCUUCACAAACACGGAAUCGUGGACUUAGUCAACUUGGCCUCUUUUCAGUUUUUGUUUACGGUUUUUCUCCCACUUUUUUGUGCAUCAUGCCCUUUUAAUCAUUUCUGUUGGCAUUUUUUCUCAUUUUUACCCAAUUUUUCCUCUUAUAAACCCAUUUAUUUCUAACUACUGCCACAAACUACCAGUUUUUGGUCGCAUUUAAAAAAAAAAAUUAUUUUCACCCUUUUUUUCAUUUAUCUAAUUUUGUUUGUUCGUUAUGAUAAUGUAAUUACUGUAAUCAUUAUCAUCAUCUUGAUUGUUAUAUUGCGGCAAUGCUAAUUCUUUGUCAAGUUGUUGUAAUUACAGAGAUCCUUUGUGUGUUACUUGUUCUGUUUCCUUGUUUUUACUAUUUUCGAUGUUAAUUUUUGUGUUUAUAAUUCUUGUUAUUUUUUUUGUUAUUUUAUUAUCAUUUAUUAUUAAAUGUGAAAAAAAAAACUA